AUUUGGCUGCUCCAAUUCGAUUGCAAUUUCUUUUUUAAAAUGGUUGUUUUAGCAGCAAGUAUUGUGAAUCGAGGUGGUAAAGCCAUUAUUUCUCGUCAAUUUCGUGAAAUGUCUAGAGCUCGUGUCGAGAGUCUUCUGUCAUCCUUUCCUGGAUUAGUUUCUGGAAAAUCACAGAAUACUACUGUAGAGACGGAAAACGUUCGUUUCGUAUACCAACCUUUUGAUGAACUAUAUAUGGUAUUGACGACCAACUUGCAAUCAAAUAUUUUACAAGAUAUUGAUACUCUUCACCUACUGUCUCAAGCAUUGACUUCUAUAUGCCCGUCGUCGGAUGAAAGAGAGAUUUUGGAAUAUGCUUUUGAGAUUUUUAUAGCAUUUGAUGAAGUUACGAGCCUGGGUUACCGGGAUAAUGUUACGCUCCCACAGGUCAAAAUGUACUUGGAAAUGGAAAGUCAUGAAGAAAAGAUUCAAGAAAUUGUGUCAAGGAACAAAGAACUGGAAGCAACCGAAGAAAGAAAACGUCGUAUUAGACAAUUGGAAAUGCAAAAGAAAGAUGCCAAACGUGGUGGUCUUCAUCCUUCGUCUGAUCUAUAUGAGUCGGUUGGAUACCAAACUGUCAACACUACUAUGGCCGCUAAUGCAGAAGAAGAAUCUGCUAUGGAAUCCUAUCGUUCUGCUGCAAAUGCUGCAUCCGCCCCACGGGCGAAGGGUAUGCAGUUAGGUAAGAAAAAGACAACCACUCCUACGUUUUAGACGUUUAUUCCAAUCACCCCUUUGAAAUAAUUCCUCGGUUUCGCAUAACACUGUCUUUUUCUUCUAAUGCUCGCCUGUAUACUUGUAAUAUUCAUUCUUUUCAUUUUCACCCUACCCUACUAUUUGUAAAACGUGUGAAAUACAUUGAAUGUUGUUCGUUUAUGAAUGAAAUCAUCUAGAUGGUAGUGAUCGGCAAUCUGCUCUAAUAGAUUAUCAAAGAUAUAGUCACUACUUGUAUAUGCAUGUAAUUAUCC